AAUUUUUCAACGGUACUGAAUGAGUUCCGCGGCGGGUCUUCGCGGCGGUCGGUUGACAGCGCUGGGCUGAGGCGAGCAGUGAGGAGGGAAGAGGAGCAAUUGGGGCGCCCGGCGGCCUUCACCCUAAUUUCAAGCGACUGGAGGUCUCCGCGUGGAGGGCGCAGCUACUGGGACGUGUACUGCGGGGGUGCAGCCCUGACCCGCGGAGCGGGAGCGGAGCAGGAGCUGAGCUUCCGGCCUCCCUUCCAUACAGGAUUUCCCCGUGAAGUUCGGCGGGACCGGGUCUAGCAGGCUGUGUUUGCAGAUUCUGGAAAAGAAGCAUUUUCUGGACUUGAGAAUUUCAGAAGAGAGGUGAAAGAGUAUAUUGCAACUUUGAAUAAAGUCUGUAGUCAAGGGUACUGACCAGGUUAAACCACAGAAUACUUUUAAGUCCAUGUCAUUCCAUAAUGAAGACAAAUGAUUCAUUGGGUUUCAUAGGGAAAUUAUUUGCCAAGAAGUGACCUGUUGAGAAAAGUGACACAAACGUUGGAAAUAACCUACGGUUUUGCACCAAGGGUGGGACACAAUGUCACAAGUCACAACUUCUUAUUCAUAUGAUGCUCCAAUGGACUUCAUCAAUUUUUCAUCUUUGACUGAUGAGGAAGAUACGCAAAACAUAGAUUCCUGGUUUGAUGAGAAGGCUAAUUUGGAGAAUAAGUUUCCUGGGAAGGAUGGUACAGGAGGGCUUUUUCAGGGCAAAACACCUCUGAGGAAGGCUAAUCUUCAUCAAGAUGUCACACCUUUGAGGCCAGUUGAUAAUACUUACAACAAACAGGCAGAAAAAGAAAAUCUGGUGGAAGAGUCCAUUCCAUCAAAUGAAUGUCCUUCUAUGAAAGUCAAAAGAACCACAUCAAGAAAUAAUCCAGCUCAGCCUCAGAGAAGAUCUCUCAGACUCUCUGCUCAGAAGAAUUUGGAACAGAAAGAAAAGCAUCAUGUAAAAAUGAAAGCCAAGAGAUGUGCUACUCCUGUAAUCAUCAAUGAAUUUCCACCCUCCAAAAAAAUGAAAGUCUCUCACAAUAAAAAGAAGUUAGAAGAAGAGGAAGAAGGCAAUGCUUGUCAAGAUAUUUCUGAAAAGAAUGAAUCUUCCCCAGAAAAAGCCAAGGGCAGACAUACUGCGCCUUGUAUCCCACCUGUAAGGCAGAAGAUUCUAAAAAGUACUGAGGAGCAAGAGUUGGAGAAGAGAGUGAAAAUGCAGCAGGAAGUGGUAGAGAUGCGGAAAAGGAAUGAAGAAUUCAAAAAGUUUGCUCUUUCAGGAGCAGGGCAACCUGUGAAGAAAUCAGUGAGCCAGGUUACCAAAUCAGUUGACUUCCACUUCCGCACAGAUGAGCGGAUCAAACAGCAUCCGAAAAACCAGGAGGAGUAUAAGGAAGUGAACUUUACAUCGGAACUGCGAAAACAUCCUGCAUCUCCUGCCCGAGUGACUAAGGGAUGCACCGUUGUUAUGCCUUUCAAUCUGUCACAAGGAAAGAAAAGAACAUUUGAUGAGACAGCUUCUACAUAUGUUCCCCUUGCACAGCAGGUCGAAGCAUUCCAUAAACGAACUCCUACCAGAUACCACCUGAGGAACAGGAAGGAUGAUAUUAUGCCAUUACCCUCCAAAUCUGUGGUCAGAAUAUGCAGAGACCCACAGACUCCAGUGCUGCAAACCAAACAUCGUACACGGCCUGUGACCUGCAAAAGUGCAGCAGAUCUGGAAGCUGAGGAGCUUGAGAAGCAGCAACAAUACAAAUUCAAAGCACAGGAACUUGAUCCCAGAAUUCUUGAAGGUGGGCCCAUUUUGCCUAAGAAACCACCUGUGAAGCCACCUACUCAGCCUGUUGGCUUUGAUUUAGAAAUUGAGAAAAGGAUCCAGGAGCGGGAGUCAAAGAAGAAAUUGGAAGAGGAACAUUAUGAAUUUCAUUCCAGGCCCUGCCCUACUAAGAUCUUGGAAGAUGUUGUGGGUGUUCCUGAAAAGAAAGAGCUUCCAAUCACUGUUCCAAAGUCACCAGCCUUUGCUCUGAAGAACAGAAUCAGAAUGCCCACCAAAGAAGAUGAGGAAGAGGAGGAGCCAGUAGUGAUAAGAGCUCAACCUGUGCCAUAUUUUGGAAUGCCUUUUAAGCCCCAGAUCCCAGUGGGAAGAACUGUGGAAGUAUGCCCUUUUUCUUUUGAUUCCCGAGACAAAGAACGUCAGUUACAGAAAGAGAAGAAAAUAAAAGAACUCCAGAAAGGAGAGGUGCCCAAGUUCAAGGCACAUCCUUUGCCUCACUUUGACACCAUUAACCUGCCAGAAAAGAAGGUGAAGAAUACUACCCAGGUUGAGCCAUUCUGCUUGGAGACAGACAGAAGAGGUGCCCUGAAGGCACAGACUUGGAAGCACCAGCUGGAUGAAGAACUAAAACAGCAGAAAGAAGCAGCUUGCUUCAAGGCUCGUCCAAACACUGUCAUCUCCCAGGAGCCUUUUGUUCCUAAGCGAGAAAAAAAAUCCGUUAUCGAGGGCCUUUCUGGUUCUCUAGUUCAGGAACCUUUUCAGCUGGCGACAGAGAAGAGAGCCAAGGAGCGGCAGGAGCUGGAGAAAAGAAUGGCUGAGGUGGAGGCCCUGAAAGCCCAGCAGCUAGAGGAAGCCAGGCAGCAGGAGGAAGAGCAGCAGAAGGAGGAGUUGGCCAGACUACGGAAAGAACUGGUGCACAAAGCAAAUCCAAUACGAAGAUACCAGGGUGUGGAAGUCAAGUCCAGUGACCAGCCCCUGACGGUGCCCGUCUCACCCAAGUUCUCUACCCGAUUCCAGUGCUAAACUUGGCUUUGAGCUGCAGAUACCAUCUGGGAACCUAAGCUGCUUUUUCCAUCAAACCAGGAGCCGUCUUUGUCAUGGGGGCAUAGAGAGAAUCCAUUUCUUCAGGCUUUUUCCUACCCGUGCCUGACAGAGCAUGCCUGACAAGUUUGGACUCCCGAUUUCAUUGAGAGUUGUUUUCCUAUAUUAUCGUGGCUAAUAAUGAGACUCAACUCAUGUAUGUCUCAACCAGACUCUUUGGAACCAUCAGUAUGAUGGUUGACCUUCAGUAUGGACCUUAAUUCUGACUAGAAUUUAAGCCUCUGUAUCAGCGCAGUAUAAUUUCUGUUGCCCUUAUCCCACCUCUCUUUUUCUAUUUUAAUCAUAAAAUAAACAUAGUUAAAUACUGA